AUUCACAAUCACAGGCAGGUGGCUCGAAGCUCGCUCUGUCUUGCUGGUUUUGGAUUCGGCGGACACACACGAGGAAGCAAAUGGACGCCAAGAUCGGGAAGUUCUUCGACUCCGUCUCCACCUUCUUCACCGGAGCCGAUCAGAUCCCAUGGUGUGACCGCGAUAUCGUCGCUGGCUGUGAGCGAGAGGUUGCUGAGGCAGAGAAGGGUUCCUCUGAUGAGUUCAAGAGUGAGUGUAUUAUGCGCCUUUCCUGGGCCCUUGUUCAUUCAAGGCGACCGGAAGAUGUGCAACGUGGGAUAGCUAUGCUUGAAGCUUCUCUUUCUGGUGCGAAAAGCCCGCUUCAGAUGAGAGAACAGCUUUAUCUUCUGGCAGUCGGAUACUACAGGAGCGGGGACUAUUCAAGAAGCAGGGAGCUUGUGGAGCAGUGCCUGUCGAUUGCCCCCGACUGGAGACAGGCUCAGACACUUCAGAAAACAAUCGAAGAUAAGAUUACCAAAGAUGGCAUAAUCGGCAUUGGCAUAGCUGCAGCUGCAGUGGGAGUGCUGGCUGGUGGGCUCGCUGCGGCAUUUGCUCGGAAAAACUGACUCUAGAUUUCCCGUCCAAACUCACUCCUGUACAUCCUUUUUUAUGUGUUCGGCAGACCUUGUUUUGCUCCUUUCUGUUAUAAACCUUCAACUUGUACUCGUUUCUUUUGCUCUUCUGAAUGCAUACAAUUAUCUUCUUUUGUUUGUUUAA